AUGCAUCUACGCAUAUAUGUGUGUGUGUGGCAUAUUGUGGAGAGAGGUGACCGCUCCUUGAGCAACUUCCUGCGCAGCGUGCAGCUGCCGAGACUUGCAUCCAGUUUGGUGGAGUUGAGCUUAAGUGGCUGCUCCAGAGCAGGACCCCAAAGUCUCGCAUGCAUCAUCUCUCUCGUCAGUGACGCUUCCUACAUUGAGCGGCUGGAUCUGAGCCAAGUGGAGGUGAACCACCGCUAUCAGCUGCCACUCUGUGAAGCAAUCAGCGAGCGACAGACCCUGAACUAUGUAAAUCUCAGCAGAACGUCGAUGGGGAGUGGACCCAUCGACCAUGGAUGCCAGUGCAUCGCGACGCUCCUUCAGGGCCAUGUGCAAGAGCUCGAUCUGAGCUGGAACCACAUGUCCUCGCAGCUAUUCCAGUGCUUGGGUGAGAACAUUGCGAGGCAAGCGACGGUGAAGAAGCUCAAUGUCUGCAACUGCUCUGGUGCUGGGAUUGACCAUCUAUCCGUGCCGGUAAACUUCUUCGUGGAGCAGCUGCGGAAGGAUAACACAUUGACUUCCCUCGACCUUUCUAUGAGCAGAAUGAACUUCCGUUCGGCGCUUAUACUGGAGGAUGCGCUGCAGAAUCAUAAGCAGCUCAAGCACUUGUACUUGGCCGACAAUCCUUUGGGACCUCGUGGUUUGAGGUCAGUGCUGAGAACGAUCGCAUCAACGACGAAUGCCUUGAAGUUCUUUGACACAUCUGGAUGUUACGGGGGUGAGGUGCCAGCUGAUCACGAUCGCGAGGUCUUUGCGAUGAGCAACCUUCCUGGUGCGGGCUCCUACCAUCUGCAGCUGCAUCGACCGUAUCACCGAUCCUUGCUUCGCAUGCUGUGCAAGUCGGCCGAAGGAUUUCGACUAGCUCCUUCAGAAGUUCUGCUCGUUGUUAGCUCGUCGGAUGACUUCGUCCACGGCACAAAGAAAGGAGGACUUUGGGAAGUACCAAACAGUGGCGAGGUCACGCUCAGCUUCGAUCUGGAACGUUGCUUCGAGACUCCGUUGUUCAAGGACGUGGACUCAGACUUUGGCCUGGUCAUCAACAGAUUUUAUAGCUUGUCUCGCUUCCACCUUGACUCGAGCAAGGCAGUGGCUGUGUUUGGCCGGUUCGUCGAGCUGGAUGGCUUCCAACAUUCGCAAGCAUGCCUUCUCAAGGCACUGAGUUUCGAUUUUGUUCUGACCAUCUCACACCUGAAAGUCUUGGCAGAGACCUCGCAGCUCUUCAGGGCACCUUGCAUCAUGAAUUUGCUUCCCUCGGUUCUUUGUGAACCAGGCUCGUACUACGUCGCGCAGGGAAUGUAUGCGACAACGCUGGACUGCGUCACAUGCCGGCUGAAGCUCAAACAGCUUCUCAGCUUCACGGUUCGAAAUCCAACUGGACACUACGAGUUGGCCUUGGACAAUCGAGCAGACUUUGCGGUCGCCGAGCAGCUGGCUCUUCUCGACAAGUGGGAAAUUAUGAUGGACAAGCGGCUGGGGCGAGAAGAUGUAUCAGCCGAGUGCAACCGAUCUCAUGCACGGAAUGCAUUCUACCAAGGGAAACCAAUUCUGACGUCCUCAAUGGCUUUUGCCGAUUGGAAGCGCCCCGGCCACGACAAGCUCGAGUUGGACUACGUCAGCUCCCAAGGGCCGCCAAAAGGGGCCCAGGCCAUCACAUGGCCCUCCUUCUGCCAGAUCUUGGAGGCUGUACAUCAACCCGCGUGUAUGGCACACGUCAAGGUGGCCGCCCUGCGGAGCCAGGCGCAGAGCUUCUGCAUCGAGUCCAGGCAGCUUCGCGUGCUGGUGGGCACGUUUUCGGAGCCAGCUGACAGAAUCGAGAUGUUCGUUCUCUUCUUCAACCGAGUCGUUGAUCCACAGAACGCGAAGAUGUACAAAGCUCAACUCGAAGACUUCUCAGACGUGAUGGCCUUGAGACGCAGACUCGGCUUUGCGAGAACAUUUCCAUACAUUCAACCGGAGUUCGACCAAUUCCAGUUGGACCUGCGUUUGCACGACGAGCGUGUGUGCAUGACUGCAUUGCUGGCACUUUCAGCUCGUGAGAACGCCGGGAACAUCCGCCACCCUGUGUACGUUUUGCCAGACGGGACUGUUGAUCCGCUGAAGAUGGGCAUUCCUCGCAGCUGGGAAUUCCUGGACCGCGUCCCCCAGGCGGGCCAGUUCAAGUGCAGCUAUGUUUGUGCUCCGGGACAGCGAAACUUCGAGCUCCGCAAGCAGUUAUGCAAGACUUAUCACUUUUCUGAUGUAAAAGAAACCGCUGUCUCAUGGUGGACCAACAUGAUCGAGGUGCCUUCCGAAGUGAUUGACUUGGUGUUGAUGCUGAAGGAGAGCGGCGUGGACUUGAACAAGGCCUUCGACUCGAUCGACGGCUUUGACGGCAACGGCGAGAUUGGGCUCGGGAAGCUUCAGCAGGGACUGGAAGAUCUGGGCUGGCGAAGGUUCAAGAACCCCUCCUCCGACAACGAAAUGAAGGAACAAAUACUGGCAAUCUUCCGCUGCGUCAACGUUUCUGGUCAUGGAACGCUGUCCAGAAGCGACUGGAACAUCCUCCAGCAGCUCACCAAGGAUGUUGACCACGCCAUUGCGGAGUUCGUGCAGUAUUUGAUGCGCAUAUAUGGUUCGAUGCCAGCAGCAUGGGCGGCGCUGGAUGUCGAUGUCCAAGAAAGCCUUGGUCGGAAGGCUUGGAUCGAAGGGCUGCGGCAGCUGGGUUACUUUGGACCCGGUGACAUUGUUUUCCGAUUUCUCACGGCAUCUGACGCUUCGCGGGCACGUUUUAUAACCUGGCAGAAGUUUUGCAGACUUGAAAAGUUCACCAGCUAUGGUCUUGCGCAGUCCGCUGCCUAA